AUGCCCAUUCGAUAUUUCCCCCAUUCUUCCAUUUUACUUGCCUUUCUCUUGCCAAACUUUUUCCCACUUUACACUUUUUUUGCCCAAAAUAAAUGCCAUUCUCAAAGCUACUUAAAACCGGUGCCAGACCUAGCAUGGUCCACCCUAUCUCCUUCCACACCGAUGCAUCUCUCACACCUUUAAAGAAAUUGGUACCAUGUAUCGCCUUUUCUCGACCACGGGAUGCUUCUCUUGUGGAUUCAUUUCCUGAUACCAACAAUCGCUCAAAAAGACAUGCAUCACCGCAUGCCAUUUUUUUCGAUGCACGCACGAGCAAAGAGAUGGCCAUGUCUGAUAAUACAUUUUUGGAUGGUCCGCGCGGCUUACAUUCUGUGCCGUUGGGCGGAGCAGAAAUUUUAAUGCACACAGAAAACGUCCAUGUGUCACCGUCGGACUUGGAUAUCCAUGUCGAUCGCGAUAAGCCGACAGCCGCUGAGGCAGCCAGUUUAAGUGGGCCCUCACUCUUCGAUGGUAAGUGUUCACAAUUCGACCUGCCGAUGUAUCCCAAUCAGUUUCUGAGACUUGUUUUUAUAGUUCAGGGUAAACAAAAUAAACGUCAAGCACGCUUAUUUUCACCCGGAGAUAGCGACAUCCAGUUACUGCAGGAACAGUUGGAACGCUUUGAACAGGAGCAAUGCAGUUGCGAAGACGACGAUAGCCUUCAAACCGAAAGGGAACACAUCAUGUUUCAAAAACUGCAAGAAACGGAAUGGCAACUCGAACUGCUUCUAUCAACCUGCGACGACUGAAUCUAUUACUACUCAACAAAUUUGCAAAGCAACCAUUAUGAAGUGCAUCAAGUUGUUCAACGCAGUCAAGACCUGUAACGCAGACGACCCCGAGACUUCACGUCUCAACGAGUGUCAUGUCAACGGAACGUGCCUUUCAUUCAACUUCAUCAGUCCAUCUUUACCGAAAUCUCUCGCCACUCAUUCAUCCCAUU